AUGGGCAAGAAGAGAAAGGCCAGCAGUCGGCCCUCCGGGGAGACUGCUAAGAACGACGAUGAUGCCCUUCAGUCCAAAUACGACAUAAACGAAACGUUUGACGACUCCGAAGAUGAAUUCAUAGCCGGCCGCGACCAGAUCCUCUUAGACGAGGGUCCGGAGGCCAAAAGACGGCGAAAAUUGGAAGAGGAUGAUGAAUUUCUCCAGCCGUCCGACGAAGAAGUCCUCGGCUACGAAUCUGCCAGUUCGGACGACCUGGACGAAGAAGAAGAAGAAGACUUCGACGAGGAUGAAGGAGACGAUGACGCAGAAGACAGCGACGAUUACGAGUCUCGGAAAGAGUCGAGAAAGUCGCGAAAACAGCGCGAUGCGUCGAGCCCUGCCUCCGAGGGUGAAGAGUUCGAGGAUGGUAUUGGCGCGUGGGGUUCGUCCAAAAAGGAUUUCUACAAUGCCGAUACCAUCGAAACGGAAGCCGAUGCUCUCGAGGAGGAGGAGGAAGCGAAGAAAAUCCAACAGAAGCAUCUGAAGGCUAUGAAAGAGGAGGACUUUGGCUUCGACGAGACAGAGUGGUUACAAUCCGGAAAAGCGCCUGAUGAAAGCAAGAAAGACGAAGAUGGCGUGGUCACCGAAGUGCUACCACAGCUAGAGAUUACGGAUGAUAUGGGACCGGAGGAGCGGCUCAAGAUACUGAAGUCAAGGUAUCCGGAGUUCGAGCCCUUGGCGAAAGAUCUCGUCGACCUUGAGCCUACUUAUAAGGAGCUGCAGCAAGCCGCACAAGUAGCGGAGAAGGCGAUCACGGAUUUCUCGAAACCAGCGCCUGUUCCGGUGAUCAAAUUCCGUGCCCUGUCGGCUUAUCUCGGGGCUAUAAGCAUGUACUUCGCACUUCUCACAUCUCCUUCGCAGAAUGGGGAGGAGAAGGCGGUCGCUCUGCCCCCUGCGGAACUGAGAGAGCAUCCGGUAAUGCAAUCUCUAGUGAACUGCAAAAAGCUCUGGGACACGGUCAAGGAUCUCCGCGUACCUGACGCUUCCGAAGCUGCAGAGGUCAAUGGCACGGGCUCGGAGAGUGAAGUCGCAGAGCCAACACCGCCCCCUGCUCCUGUCGAGAAAUCGGAGAAGAAGACCAAGGAAGUCAAGCCACCUAAGGAAAAGAAGACGAAAGCACAACCUGCUGCUGAAAAGGCGGCAGCUGAAGCUGAAGCUCGCCGUGCGAAGAAACUCCGUCAGACGGAAGCUGAACUUGCUGACCUGUCGAACCUGGUAUCCGCUCCUGGCAAGAAGUCCAAGGUUGCGAAGGUCUCGAAGAAGAAAGAUCAGGAUAAGGAUGACUCCGACUUCGGUGAUGAGGAAGCCCUCACAGCAUGGGAGGCGGAAGAAAAGGCGAAGAGAAAACGGUCCCUCCGGUUCUACACAUCCCAGAUCGCACAGAAAGCCAACAAGCGCGAGGCAGCGGGUCGCGAUGCGGGCGGUGAUCAAGAUCUGCCGUAUCGAGAGCGUAUCAAGGAUCGCCAGGCGCGACUGAAUGCCGAGGCCGAGAAGCGUGGCAGGCAACAACCCAAUCCGUCUGAGCAGCUGGGCGGAGACUCUGACGAGGAGGACUACCGUGUCGCCGGCGAGGUCCGCGGAGACGCUGUUGGCACUGGCCGGGACUCUGGCUCUGGCUCGGACACAGAUGAAGACGAAUACUACGACCUGGUCGCCGCGCGCAAGAAGAAGAGGGAAGAGGAGAAGAAGGCGCGGGCCGAAGAGUAUGCGAAGGCAGCACAAGAAGGCGGCAAGGUUGAGGUGCAGGAGGAAAUCGGCCCAGACGGCAAGCGGAAGAUCACGUACCAGAUCGAGAAGAACAAGGGUCUGGCGCCGAAGCGCAAGAAGGAGCAGCGCAACCCGCGUGUCAAGAAGCGGAAGAAGUUCGAGCAGAAGCAGAAGCGGCUGGGUAGCAUCCGGCAGAUUUACAAGGGUGGCGAAGGUCCAGGAGGGUAUGGCGGUGAGCUUACGGGCAUCAAGAAGAAUCUGGUUAAAAGUGUCAAGCUUUGA